ACACACAAACACUGACACACACACACACACACACACACACACGCAGCACUCCUGCAGACGGACAGAGGGACAAAGCAAAGAGGAAACUGUGAGAAAACAACAACAAAGAAGAAGAGAGACUUUUAAAGAGAAAGAAAAAGACGUGAAGAGGUCAGGAGAAUACGUGGGAGAAAGAGGUGCUGUGUGCUGUGUUAAAGUAAAACCACCAACUGAAACAAAAGCUUCACAUGAUCUAAAGCUCAGCUAAGACAAAACCAAGGACUCGUGCUACUUAUCUCAAGAAAUGGCCCCAAAGAAGAAGGCCCCUCGUCAGAAGAAGACUGCAAUGGACACCAUCACUCAGGUUGCCAUGGAGACCACCUCUGGCUCUUUGAAGGUGGAGAGCCGUGGCGAUGGCGUGGUGGUGGUGGAGAGCGGGGUGAAGAAGAUCGAGCACAUCGCUCAGCUGGAUAUCGCCCAGCUGAACAGCCUCAACCUGCCGCUGCCGCCGCCCGUCAUCAAGCCCGGGGAGCGAGGCCUCGGCCUGGGCAGCGAGCUCACGCGGCCCCUGCAUGGCAACGCCCUGCUGGAGGAGCUCAGCAAGAUGCGCCAGGAGAAAUUCCUGACCGAUCUGGAGUUGGCCUGUAAGACGAAGGCCUUUGACGUCCAUAAGCUGGUCAUUUCUUCCAUCAGUCAGUACUUCAGAGAGAUUCUGGCCAAAGACCCUGGGAUGAAGCGUCUGGAGCUGCCCUCCCUCUCACCUCUGGGUCUGGCCAACGUCAUCACCUUCGCCUACCUGGGACGUGUCCACAUGUCCCUCUACACCAUCGGCUGCACCGUCUCUGCCGCCGCCACCCUGCAGAUCCCUCAGCUCCUCAAGAUGUGCAUGGACUUCCUGCUCGCCGAGCUCAACGUGCAGACCUGCGUCUACAUCUGGAACAUUGCCACCGCCUACGGCCUGCUGCCCGUGUGCGAGGCCGCCCGCCGCUUCGUCCUGGAGAACUUUGUGCAGUUUGCAGAGACCCCACUCUUCACACAGCUGACUCUGGAACAGAUCUCCGCCUUCCUGCAGGACGACUCCCUGAUGCUGCCUUCAGAGGUCACUGCUUUCCAGCUUGCCAUGAAGUGGCUCGACUUCGACGCCUCCCGUCAGGAUCAUGCUGCAGAGCUUUUGUCCCACAUUCGUUUUGAGACGAUCCCAGCCAGCGAGCUGGUGAGCCAGAUCCAACCGGUUCCCCGCAUGAUGCUGGACCCCCAGUGUCACCGCAUGCUGGUGGACGCCAUGAACUACCACCUGCUGCCCUACCAGCAGAACACCCUGCAGUCCAGGCGCACGCAGGUCCGAGGAGCCCAGCAGACUCUGCUCACCGUCGGAGGGCGUCCAUCUCUCACCGAGAGAGCUCUCAGCCGCGAGGUGCUGUGGAGGGACCCUCGUGAUGGAGGAGCCGCCUGGCGCCACCUCACCCAGCUGCCCGCAAAGAGCUUCAACCAGUGUGUAGCUGUGAUGGACGGAUUCCUGUAUGUGGCUGGAGGAGAGGAUCAGAACGAUGCACGAAACCAGGCCAAACAUGCCGUCAGCACCCUCAGCAGAUACGACCCUCGCUUUAACACCUGGCUCCACCUGGCCAGCAUGCGCCAGCGCCGCACCCACUUCUCUCUGGCUGCCAGCGGCGGCCGCCUGUUCGCCAUCGGCGGGCGUAACGUGGAGGGUCUGUUGGCGACCACUGAGAGCUACCUGCCCUCCUCCAACACCUGGCAGAUGCGCGCGCCCAUGGAGGUGCCCCGCUGCUGCCACUCCAGCGCCACCAUGCCCUCCGGAAAUAUCCUGGUAACGGGUGGCUACAUCAGCUGCGCCUACUCCCGCUCCGUGGCGUGCUACAAUGUGGAGACCGACACCUGGACCGAAAAAGCCCCCAUGGAGACGCCCCGCGGCUGGCACUGCUCUGCCACCCUCGGAGGAAAAGUCUACGUGGUGGGUGGAAGCCAACUCGGGCCCAGUGGAGAGCGGGUCGAUGUGCUCUCAGUGGAGGUGUUCUCCCCGGACACCGGAGUGUGGAGCCGGGCUGCUCCGCUCCCACUCGGUGUGAGCACCGCCGGCCUCUCCCCGCUGGCCGACAAGCUGUACCUGCUGGGCGGCUGGAAUGAGGCGGAGAAGCGCUACAAGGCGGCUGUUCAAAAGUACGACCCGGCCACCGACAGCUGGUCCCGAGGCGAGGACCUGCCAGAGCCCACGGUGGGGGUGUCCUGCUGCGCCCUGACCCUGCCGCCGCGUCACGCACCGCGCCGGCAGCAGCACCGCAACACCCUGGUCCACGAGGAGCAGAACCAGGCCAUGAAGAACCGGAGCAGAGAGAGCAGCGUCUCUGCAGCCCACAAGACCACCGCAUAGAGAGACACGAGAGAGGGGACGGGCGGUUCGACCUCCGGACGACAUCUGGAUCAUGUCUGACACCUUUUCUCUGCAGCACAGGACAACAAAUAACACCUCGACAUUUAUACUCAAUUAUUAUUGACAAAGAAAAUGUUGGUAAUGAUAAUAAAUUUAAAGAUUUACAUAAUGUUUUAAGAUAGUUUAGUCCUGAAUAUUUCCAAUUUAAUGUUUUCUCAAACACAAGUCUGCAGAAUAUGUCCUAUAUGAUAAAUUAAAAUUAGACGUCAACCAGCCACAGACCCACAAAAAGUUCAUUUAUCUGUGCUGGUUUGCAGAAAAGAGCCUUUGUGGUCCCAAAAGGAAGUUCUAGAGUGAUUAAAAACAAAUGAGGUAAAGGUGGAUGAAAAGAAGAGUUGAGCAGGUGGAGGCAGAGGUGGAGGCGACCGGUGAAGGAUGAUGAUGAAGGAUGGAAAGGCAGGAACAGAGGUGAUCUAUGAUGGUGGUGGUUUGGUUUGAACAAACACUUUGAAUCCGCUGACAGUCUGUGUACAAAGAUUUAUCUAAGCUGUGUGAAUGAGUGUGUGACAGAAUGAGUAGCAGCAGAUGAGCCAAUUUCUACCAAAACCUGCAAAAAUGUGGAUUUCUCCUCAUCAGACUUGAAAUAUUCAUCAUAAAUAUGCUAAAGACGAUCAGCAAGGAAGAAACCUGAUUGUGGAUUUAUUUAUUUCAUGCAUAUGUGAAGUAGUGUGGUGAAAAUGUGCCAAAAAUUAUUUAAAGAAACAAAAUAUAGACGUGUAGCAAUUAAUAUUUUAUAAGAAAAAAAAUAAUAAAUGUACAAGUGCCCUGACUUCAAAUGUUUAAGAUUUACAUGAAGCAAGUGAAAAAUCAGAAGAAAAAAAAAAAUUAAUAAA